AGCAGAGGGGGAGGAAGGGGCAAACACUAAGUAAUCAAUGUUUGGAAAGCAAGGUUGAAGUUACUCAUUAGCAGGUAAAGGGUCAAGGGUCAAGGCAAAGGGGCUGGAAGCAGAGUGGACUGGCCAGCCCGUGGGGAAGAGAAUAGUGAAGGCACCAGCCACUCCACGAGGAACACACCAGCUCCCUGUUGCCUGAAGAUGUUCCACCAAAUUUGGGCGGCUCUGCUUUACCUCUAUGGCCUUCUCCUUAAUUCCAUCUACCAGUGCCCUGAGCCCAGUCACCUGACAACUCAGGAUGUGGACGGGAAAGAGUUUCCAGAGCCCCACCUGGGCCAGUGGCAUUUUAUCGCAGGGGCAGCUCCCACCAAGGAGGAGUUGGCGACUUUUGACCCUGUGGACAACAUUGUCUUCAACAUGGCUGCGGGCUCUGCCCCCACACAGCUCCAGCUUCGUGCUACCAUUCGCACGAAAACUGGGUCCUGUGUGCCCCGGGAAUGGAUCUACCACCUGACUGAAGGGAGCACAGACCUCAGAACUGAAGGGCGCCCCGACAUGAAGACCGAGCUCUUCUCCAGCUCCUGCCCAGGUGGGAUCAUGCUGAAGGAGACGGGCCAGGGCUACCAGCGCUUCCUGCUCUACAACCGCUCACCAUACCCUCCUGAGAAGUGUGUGGAGGAGUUCCAGUCCCUGACCUCCUGCCUGGACUCCAAGGCCUUCUUACUGACGCCCAGGAAACGAGAGGCCUGCAAGCAGUCCAGUGACUGACCUGUGGCUUCAUCUGUGCCCCCAGAUGUGUUUGGUGGGACUGAGAUUGUGGUGAAGAGAAGCCGGAGGUGCCCUUCUAAGGAGUAAUAAAGACGAUUUUUCAAUCCUCA